GACUUUCACAUAGUUUGCCAUAAAGUGUUUGGUAGGCCUAACGGAGACAUGAGUUUUGGCUUCAAACUUGUGUUUGUCUUUUCAAUAGUUUUUAUGGUUUCCGCCAAAGACGAGAUCGUAAGCAAUGAAGAGAUAGAAAUGGUUGAGAAGAAGUUAUGCGAUAAAACUGUAUCUAAAGAAUCAAAGGAUAAGCUAAUAGAUUGCAUGGAGGAGCACUUGCCGUUUUUGGUUUUAGAGGCAAUGGAUUCGUGUAUCUAUGAGGCGCUACCGAACGCACUGACCAGAGAUGAGAUACAGAGAUCUCUUUGCAAGAGUGAGAAGACUAGAGGUCUGGUCCACAGUUGUGUUCAACGAAAGCAUAAGGAAUUUGGAGAUAUUAUACAAAAAGAUGAAAUCAUCGACAAGUUUAAAGCGUUUAAGAUUUGUGUGAAUUCUGUGUGAGAUAAGAAUGAGUGAC